AUGGCUAAGCGCAAAAGGUUGAACAUUGUUCGAAAAAGCGGCAAAUCACAAACUGAUAAGCAAUUAGUUGGUAGUUCUAAUAAUGUCAACCACAACAUAAAUGAAGAGUAUGCACAAUCUGGAGUUGAUACAAGAGAAAACCUAAUGGUUGCAAGCCUUAAUCACCAAAAUUACCAAUCACAACCAGAACAACAAAUACAAGUGGGAAGUCAAGUUGAAUCUCAUAUUUCUUUCAAUGGAAUGAGUAGUUUACCUAAGGACACCAUUUUGAGGCGCAAAAGGUCGAGUGCUGUUCGAAAAAGUAGCAAUUCACAAGCUAAAGAGAAACAAAUACUUGAUAGCUCCAAUGAAGUCAACCAAAACAAGUACAGUUACAGUAAAACCAAAGAGUUUGCACAAUUUGAAGCAGACACAACAGAGAAUCUAAUGCUAGCUAGUCUAAAUCGCCAAAAUGACGUGCCGCAAUCAGAACAGCAAAUAUACAUGGGAAGUCAUGUGGAGUAUCCUAAUUCUUUUAGUAGAAUGGAUGAAAGUUUACCUAAAGAUACUAUAGGGAGACACACGACAAGGUUGAGUGCUCGAAAAAGUGGCAAAGCACAAGCUGAAGAGCAAUUAAUUAACAGCUCAAAUGCAGUCAAUCGAAACAACCACAAUAUAAAUGUUAAGUAUGCACAGAUUGGAAGAGGUACAAAAGGCAAUCUAAUGGUAGCAAGUUUGAGUAACCAAAAUGAUGAAUCACAGCCAGAACAACAAUUCCAAGUGGGAAGUUUACCUAAAGAUACCAUUGGUAGGAACAUGAGGUUUAAAGCUGUUCAAAAAGGUGGCAAAGCACGUACUAAAGAGCCAUUAAUUGAUAGCUCUGAAGUAAGAGAUACAAGAGAGAAAUUAAUGGCAGGAAGUCUGAGCCACCAAAAUCAUGAAUCACAACCAGAACAGCAAAUACAAGUGGGAAGUCAUGCUGAAUAUCCUAUUUCUUUUGGUAGAAUGGGUAAAAGUUUACCUAAAGAUACUAUGGGGAGGCGCACAAGAUUGAAGGAUGUUAGAAAAAUUGGCAAAGCACAAGCUGAAGAGCAAUUAUUUGAUAGCUAUCCGGCAGUCAACCAAACCAACUACAAUAUACAUGAAAAGUCUGCACAAUUUGGAGGAGUAUCUGCAGGAGGGAAUCUAAAGGUAGCAAGUCUUAACCACCAAAGUGACCAAUCACAAUCAGAACAAGUACUAGUGGGAAGUCAUGUGGAAUCUCCAAUUUCUUUUGGUAGAAUGAAUAAAAGACUACCUAAAGAUAACUAUACCACGGGGAAGCGCAGGAGACUGAAUACUGUUAGAAAAAGUGGCAUAGCACAAGCUGAAGAGCAAUUGAUUGACAGCUCUAAUGCAGUCAACGAAAACAACCACAAUAUGAAUGAAAAGUCUGCACAAUUGGGAGGAGCAAGUCUUAACCACCAAAAUUACCAAUCACAAUCAGAACAAGUACAAGUGGGAAGUCACGUGAAAUCUCCAAUUUCUUUUGGUAGAAUGAAUAAAAGAUUACCUAACGAUACCAUGGGGAAGCACAGGAGAUUGAAUUCUGUUAGAAAAAGUGGCAAAGCACAAGCUGAAGAGCAAUUGAUUGAUAGCUCUAAUGCAGUCAACCAAAACAACAACAAUAUAUAUGAAAAGUCUGCACUGGGAGGAGUUUCUACAAGCGGGAAUCUAAUGGGGGCAAGUCUUAACCACCACAAUGUUCAAUCACAAUCUGAACAAGUACAAGUAGGAAGUCAUGUGGAUUCUCCAAUUUCUUUUGGUAGAAUGAGUAAAAGAUUACCUAAAGAUACAAUGGCGAGGCGCAAAAGACCAACUGCUGUUCAGAAAAGUGGCAGAUCACAAGCUGAAAAGCAAUCGAUUAACAGUUCUAUUGAAGUCAACAGAAACAACCACAAUAUAAAUGAAGAGCGUGACCAGUUUGUUGGAGAUACAAGAGGGAAUCUAAUGGCAGCAAGUCUUACUCACCAAAGUCACCGAUCACAAUCACAACAACAAGUUCCAGUGGAAAAUCAAGUAGAAUCUCCUAUUUCUUUUGGUAGAAUGGGUAAAAGUUUACCUAAAGAUACCAUGGGGAAGGGCAGGAGAUUAAAUGCUGUUAGAAAAAGUGGCAAAGCACAAGCUGAAGAGCAAUUGAUUAAUAGCUUUAAUACAGUCAACCAAAACAACCAUAAUAUGCACGAAAAUUCUGCACAACUGGUAGGAGGGAAUCUAAUGGGAGCAAGUCUUAACCACCGAAAUGAUCAAUCACAAUCAGAACAAGUACAAGUGGAAAGUCAUGUCGAAUCUCCAAUUUCUUUUGAUAGAAUGAGUAAAAGAUUACCUAGAGAUACCAUGGAGAGGCGCAAAAGGCCGAAUGCUGUUCGGAAAAGUGGCAGAUCACAAGCUGAAAAGCAAUUGAUUGAUAGUUCUUUUGAAGUUAACCAAAACAACCACAAUAUAAAUGAGGAGUGUGACCAAUUUGUUGGAGCAAAUGCAAAUACAAGAGGGAAUCUAAUGGUAGCAAGUCAUAAUCACCAAAGUGAUCGAUCACCAUCACAACAACAAAUUCCAUUGGAGAGUCGAGUAGAAAAUUCUAUUUCCUUUGUUAGAGUGCGCCAAAGUUUAUCUAAAGGUCAAACGAGGGUAAGAGGUUAUUCCCGAAUGCUGGAUGUGUGGAAUUUGCCUGAUGGAGAAUUCAUACGUGUUGAAGUAGAUUCUUUAGGCAAUCCAAUUGAGUGGGAAGGAAAAAAACUUUUAAAUGCAAUAGGUUCCUUGGCAAGGAAGCAUCAAUAUGCUCCCAUCAAUAUUCUAAGCUGGAAAGACAUGCCAGAGCUGAAUAUAACUAAUAUGCUUGAUUUGAUACAGAGUAAGUUUCAUUUUGUUCCUACAUUGACGGACCAAACAAAGCAAAUACUAAAAGAUAACUUGAGUGCUAAGUGGAGGCAAUUCAAGCAUGAUUUGAAAGAAAAGGGAUACGAUGAAAACAAGACUGAGGAAGAAAUGGCUGCCAACAUCCCUGAUAGAAGAGUCGAUCCUUCUCAAUAUCGUGCUUUAGUACAUCAUUGGUGUUCCCAGAAAGGACAGAAAAUAAGUAACAUCAACAAAAGGAAUCGUUCAAAAUAUGAGGAUGUACACUGCAUGGGAACGAAGAGUCUUCCAAGGUUCAUUCACGAGGUAACUGAGGCUAAUGGAGUACAACCUUCACGAGCUGAAAUUUAUAUUCAAACUCGAACUCGCAAAGAUGGGAGAAUUGUGACUGAGAAGGCAGCUAAUGUGAUUGGUGAAUUAAAGAAGCAUAUGGUAGAGACUUCAAGUUCAUGCACUCCUCAAAUGCCUCAAGAUUCUACAAAUUGGGCGAAUGACAUAUACUCGAAAGUAAGAGGUCCUGAAAAGAGAGGAUCUGUGCGUUGUUUAGGCAAGGUUCCACGUGUUUCAAAUACUUCAUCUCAAAGCCCUAAUGUAGAAAAUAGGGUCAUCAAAUUAGAAAAUUUGCUUGGGAAUCUUGUUUCCGUUCUUCAAACACGAUUUUCAGCAGAUCAACAAAUCAAUGAUGUUUUGCAAGCUAUAGCUCAAGAGGUACCUGCUGCUAUUGCUCCAAGUACACCAAAUGAUUCCUCUGUGAAAUUGGUACUGGAAGAAGGUUUUGAUAUAAUUAUAAGGGACAUGAUGGUGACACAUGAAGAACUUGAUUAG